CAAUGUAAAUGUUUACCUUUGCAAGAAUGGAGUUGGGAUAAGAAUUGUAGCGCUGGACAACAGUGAAGAUGAAACCAUUUUCAUCAUGAAGGAUGUUACAAAAGAAGACUCAGGCAACUACAGCUGUGUUUACAGCAGAGAUAAACUUAUACCCAGUCAAUUGAAGUCAACAGGGGAGAAUUUAGUAGUCUUUAAGGUCGAUGUAGAAUGGAAAGAGUCUAAUAUAUCAAUGGUCUUCAGAGAGGGACUAAAGAAUGUGGCAGCAGCCUUGGUCCUCCUGUUUCUGAUGCUGUCUGUACUGCUGUUACUGUGGAGGUACUGGGGGAUCCUGAAACAAAUGAUAAGCAGUGACCAUCGACCGAGUGAGAAUCAGGAUACGGAUCAAACCUACAGUCUAAUCUCAUUUGUUCCAGUCGCAGCUGGUGUAAUUAGUGAGGUCCCCCUUGAUGGUGAUGAAGGAGCCUAUUCCAUGAUAGGACUGAAAUCAUCAGGGCAUCAAAGAAGGAGUCCUGAGCCCUUGGGUUCAGAAGGUGUGUCAGCAGGCAUGGGAUCGGAUGUUCAUCACUCUCCAACUGAUCGUCCAGGAGAUGAGGCACUGUACAGUGUAAUAACUAGAGUGGAAAGACCAGAACAGCAGGGUGAAACUGACAUCUAUGCCAAAGUGACCAAAAACAAAGAAGGAAAAAGAAAAACAGGACCCUGUCUACAGUCUGCUGAAAAAAUAAACAGAGAGGACACCAUGAUACUGUAUACUUUGUCAUUACAAAUACAGUAGUGCUAUACAGUAGUAUAUGACAUUUGAAAUGACACGACAGAACAUGUGGUUUAUCUGCCCCUUUGGUAGGAGAGGGGAUGUUAAUACUGUACAGCUAGGUGCAUGUUUAUUGUGUCGAUUCGUUUUUUAGGACGAGGAUCGCAUAGGAGUGACACAAUCUGACGUAAGACAAUGCUCUGAUACAGCAUCAAGUAAAACACCAGAGUCUAAUAUAUCAAUGGUCUUCACAGAGGGGCCAGAGAGUGGAGAAGAAGUUGGGGAAGCAUAUGGAGUUGAACAUGUGAGACUGGUCAAUGUAAUCCGAUUGAUAAGUUC